GCCCAGUUUGUGUGGAGAUAGAGUACCUUGCUACAACAGUAUUGCCAGUUGGGACAGGAGAUGGGGCAAGUUGCUGAAGCAUGGCUCGAACGUCAGAAAAGAAUAGAUGAUUAUGUUGAUGAACAGGCAGCAAUGAGAACAAAACAACAUUUGCUGAAAGAAGACUGGGAAUUUUAUAAACAGAGCCAUUUUAUAGAACAGUUAAAUAGCAAGAAAGCACUGGUUGGAGAAACUAACUUCACAGACACGAUGAGACAUCUGUUUUCAUCACGACUGAGUAUUUCUGAUUGUCCCAAUUGCAAUUAUAGGCGCAGAUGUACUUGUGACGACUGCAGCCUUUCUCAUAUUCUUAUGUGUGGAAUCAUGGAUACACCAGUUACAGAUGAUAUCCACAGUAACCAGCUAACUCUGCAGAUUGAUUCUGCUCCAGACUAUCUGUCUGAAAUCCCCCUACCUAGCAUGUCAUCUGGAAGCUCAGGGUCUGGUUCCAGCUCCCCCUUUAACGUACAGCAGGCAGAGAGACCAAGACUCAUUCUGGCAGAUAACGGUUCUGAUCCAGCUUUUAAUAGUGAAGAUGAAGAUGUUGCACCACUAUCAGCAAAACUUACUGAUAUUUACCCCUUCAGUAACUUUGAUAACACGGACAUUGUCAGAAAUGUUGAUGGAAUCCACAGUGAACUGAAUGGUGGAGUCGAGAAUGUGGCAUUGAAGUAUGAGCACUCUCUCCGGGGAAGCAGUACUAGUAGCAGUUCGUCAGAAGAUGAUGCUGAAGAAGCAGGCGCUGAAAAUGAUAGUGAAAUACCAAAAACCUCAGAGGGAAAUUUAAUGCUUGGCAGAAAUGUGCUAAGGGAAGGGGAAGCCAAAAGGGAUGGUCCGUUGCCAUCAUACACCCCUCAGCAGGCUGAUCAGGGUUCAAUUUGUUGUGAAUGCCAUGUAUGUAAACAGGAAGCCUCUGAUUCUGAAACAAGAUGUCUUCCUGCUGGGCAUCAGUUUAGGAUCUCAGAAAAUCCUGCCCAUCCUGCUCUUCACCUUUAUCCUCACAUCCAUGGACAAAUACCCUUGCAUACUCUUCCUCACUUACCUCCUCCACUAAUCCAUCCCUCAUUAUAUGCAGCUUCCUCCUCUACACAGAGUAAGGCGCUGGUCCAGAAUCAUGCAAACAAGUAUCAAGUGCUCAACACAUCACUCCAAGAUCAUAUCUACCCAAGUUGUUUUGGGAAUACUCCAGACUGGAAAAGUUCUAAAUUUCUAAGCAUUUGGGGAUCUGAAGUCAUGAAUGACAAGAACUGGAAUUCCUCUGCCUUUUUGCAAGAUGUGCUUCCUGGAAGUGAUAUGGUGACAUCAACACUUUUGGAAAUGAAACCUAAUGUUAUAUCUAGUAAUGAAAGAAUGGUAGUGACUGAUAGCAAGAAGAGGGAAAAUGUGUUAAAGAAAAAAUGUCUGUACCAUUUCCAAGAUGCUGUUAUGGACACUAGCAAGGUUGUUAUGGCAACCUCUUCGGCAACCUCUUCAGUCUCCUGCACACCUACUACAGUUCAGUCAAGCAACAACCAGUUUAAAGUUUCAUCUAAAAGAUUAUCAUCACUAGGUCAAGUGUUUCACAGUAUCAGUACAGAGGAUCACUCUUCAUCACCUGCACCUCAAAAUAAUUCUACUUGUUUAGCAUUGCUUCCUUCUCUCUCUCCUGUGAUGCUGUCUCCAAAUUCUGUUCCUCAUCUCCAAAGUCCUGAUUCUCCAUCUUUCUCUGAGGUUACCGCAACAGCUUCUGGCUUUGGGGAUCCCUGUUCAGAUCUUUAUUCUACAACAGUUGCACCUCCUUCAUCCACAGAGUGUUUGAUCAGUGAUCCAUCUAGAGCUUGCAGUGAUCCUGACUGUGAAGGCCAUCAUUGUGAGGACAGCAGUAUAUAUGACCACCAGCAAUAUGAUGGUGAGGACAGCCAAGAUGAAGACAGCUGUUCAGAGCAUAGCUCUAGUACCUCAACAUCUACAAACCAGAAAGAAGGAAAAUACUGUGAUUGUUGUUACUGUGAAUUCUUCGGCCACGGAGGACCACCAGCAGCACCAACUAGUAGAAAUUAUGCUGAAAUGAGAGAAAAACUUCGCCUGCGUUUAACAAAGAGGAAAGAGGAACUGCCUAAGAAAUCAGAACUAAUAUCGGAUAGAGAGAGUGUUGUUGAUCAUCGAAAAGUCGAGGACUUGCUACAGUUUAUAAACAGCCCUGAGACUAAACCAGUAAAGAGCACACGGGCAGCCAAACGAGCAAGGCAUAAGCAGAAAAAGUUGAAAGAAAAGGCUCACCUUGAAACAGAAGCUAGAGUGCAGGAGCCUCCUCAGCAGCAAGAAGACCAAGAGCAAGAAGAUGAGGAAACACAACUGAAAAACAGACUGCAAGAAGCUCGAGAGUUUCAGGCUGUAAAGAAAAAGAAAAGAGAGAGACCCGGCACAAACUGUCCGAAACGGACUCGGAAUUGUCAAGUAGUGAUGACACCAGACCCUGAACCCCCAGAAAAUACUCAGAAUGAACUACUGGAAAAUACAGAAAUCUCAUCUGAUUCAUUGGCUAAGGAUGCCGAUAAUGUCGAACAGAGGCCAGUUUCUGAUGAGGGCUGUGAAUUGCCUAACCCAGUGAAUUGCAAGGACUCAAAGCUGCUCUUCAACACAGAGACGCCUGUGCAAUCUCAUGAGCCUCUAUCUUUGCUCCUUAAUAUCAUGCACCAUCACACGGAAGAUAAAAGCAAACAGCAGAUAACGCAAAUAGGUAAGCUGUUUGCUCAAGAACUGAAAAAGCCAUCCAAAGGAGCGAACGUUCAGCCUAAAAUAAAAAAUCAAAUGCAAUCCAAAAUAAAAGCAACAGACCUUAGGUCGCUCGCAGCCUCCAAAAAAGAGGAGAAAAAAGUAAAUGCUAAUAAUACAAAGCAAACAGACCAUGCAGCUAAAUCAUCUCUGGUGAGUGGCUCCCUUUCUCCAAACAAACAGCAGCACAAUAAGCUGAUAUUGGAAAAUUCUGCAGAGCCAAAGUGCAAGAGCAAGAAAAAUAAGAAAAAGAAAGGCGACAAAGGGAACUCUUCAAUUGAUGAUGUGUUUUUGCCCAAAGACGUUGACCUCGACAAUGUGGAAAUGGAUGAGACAGAGCGAGAAGUGGAAUAUUUUAAAAGAUUCUGCUUGGAUUCUGCCAGACAGACGCGGCAAAGGGUUUCAGUCAACUGGUCCAACUUCAACUUGAAGAAAGCGAACUUUGCCACCCACUAGAGUAGGCAAAUGGGUAUAUGACUGUGAUCAGUACUAAUGACUAACAUGACUUUCUCCUGUGCUGAAUGCCGCUCUGGCCCUGCUAGAGAUGACCUCGUUUCCGGUGCUGUGUGGAUCUGCACUGAUGCUCUAGCCUUUGUCCUAAUUAUUCUAGCGAACUGAAAAACUGCUGCUUUCUGCAUUUGUUAGCUUGUGUGUAGACUUCUCUGAUUGUAGUUCUCGAGUGUUGGAGAUGGAACAAUAGUCUUCUUUCCAUUUCUGGAAAGCCCUUGGCGUCAGUGACGUGAAGCAGCUGUGUUGAGACUGGGCUCCUGAUUUGUACCACCUUUGGUUUCUGCCAUUUCAAUAUGACCUCCCC